CAUCAGUGAAAGGCGCAGUGCCGCGUGCGCAAACGGUGCAGAUCCCUCUAAUCGUCCCGUCGCUCGCCCUAAGGUGCACCUGCGAUCAAAAACAGACCAGCACCUCGUACCCAUACAAAAUACCGCUCCCAGUGCGCAAUAUUCUCUUCACCGAAGCGAGCUAUGGAGGUGACGACGAUGCCCGAGGGCUCAACGCCCGUGGCGGCCGCAGCUCUCAAGCGCCUACAGAUAAACGAGGACAGCAGCGACGACAAUCGUAGCGAAGAUUGGGGCGCAGACGAGAGUGACUGGCGCACGUCAAGCUCGUCGGAGCCAGCGGCGCGUUUCUCGCUCAUCGCUUUGCCCUCCAAAGUGCGGGACUCGGUGUUCCGCAGAGACCGUAAGCCACAAAGGAAGACUAAAGACAGAUCCAGCACCGCGGACACCACAGUCACGUCGUCCGCGAACUCCACGCCGCGAGAUUCAGAGCUCAUUACGAAGACACAACAGGAACUGGAGAACGUGGAGAAAUUCCGCAUCUUCUGGGACGAGAAGCUCCGCAACACAAUGGACAGACUUGCAGGUACCAAAACUAAACAGACCGACGUCGAGGACGACGUUUUCCACUUGUUAUUGAAGCUCUACGCCCACCAGGACGUGGUGGCACAGCUGUACAGCAGCUACGAGGCCAACGCUGCAGAGUUCGAGUUCUACAUUCCACAGCUCUGCACCUUCCUGAUACAUGGUAAUUACGCCAAACAGCAUCAGCUGGAGUGUUUCUUGAUGUCCAGAAGUGGAGAUUCCUUGCCCUUUGCUCACAGAUUGACGUGGUUCUUGAGAUCGUUCUGCGACGACGCCAAAGAGUACCAGUCUGAGUACUUGAGCGUCACUGCGUCGCAGGAUCAGGAGAAUUCAGACUUACUUACAGCAAUCGGCAUGCGCGCUGGAGUACCAGCGUUGUUGAUGAACAGAGGCCUCUGUGUAGAGGAAGUGUCAGCAGCCAAGCCUCACAAUCUAGAGAAGAGAAGGUCGAUUAUCUUCCCGACAGACAACGAUCUGGACUCCUCGACUCUCGAGACAGACGAAACAUUCGCAGGACAUUUACUAAGUAAGAGGAACUCUAUCCAGGAUGAAGCGAGGGCAGAGGAAGGCAACUCGCAGCAGAUCUUGCUGUUUAAACAGACCCCCAAGUUUGUGGAGGCUCUUACAGACCUGGCAGAUCAGCUUAUCCCGACCCCACGGCCACAGAGGAACAGCGAGCUACGCAAAGGUCUAGCCGAGAUUGAAGAGCAGAUGCUCCCGUCCGAUGUUAUUUAUCUGCCAAUUGGGAACUCGUGUCACCGCGUGAAAGGCAUCCGGAUCGACGAGUGCUUCACGUUCUCCACUAAAGAACGAGUACCGUACUUCUUGUGUGUGGAAGUUCUGGACUAUUCAGUCCCUUCAGCAUCUAAGAAACAGCGAAAGAGAAGACGAUCCAAGACGAGUCGCAAUCAAUCUCGAGUCUUCUCGUUGAGACUGCCUUUCAAGAAGACGGACUCCGAUCUGAUGGUACCAGUUGAUGACUCGCCCAUGUCGAGCAGUACGUCGCCUGAGAGCGAACUGAGCUUUGUCCCGUCGCCGAGUGUUUCGUCUCCAUUGCCAGAGAUCGAAGAAGAGAAAAGUCUGGAAACCAUGCUUGAUGAACCGCUGGAUGGUGAGGAUGGGGAUGAUGAGAAGGAGGAGAGUAAGCGGAAAUCGAGGAAGAGCUUCCAGGAGGACGAAGGUCUUCAGAGAGCUGGAGAGGAACAACAGGAACGAUUGGGCCAGUGGAACACGUCGAGACCUCGUCGACGCAGCAUCAAAGAGUACUCUUCCAGCGCCUCGGCGCGCUCUGGUGGUCAGUUUGACAGCUUUUACUCGUCCUGGUUCUCCAAGAAGGCGCAACAAGAAGCGGAAGAUGAAUUCAGCGCCCCUCAUGCUAGCAGCAUGCAACCGACACAGACAAUCCGCAAUGAUGAAGAGGAUGCGGAAGCAAUGGAGCUUGCUCCUGUUGAGACUGACUGUACUGAUGACAACACAGCAUCGACUGAAUCGUCUGAAGGUGUCUUGAAUGACAUCGAAGUGGAACAGACUCAAGCCAGCGAUGUCAUUGAGGAUACCACUAAAGCAGAGGCGGAAACCUACGAUGCAGUGGCUACGGAGUCAGCUACUCCGGCCGCGAAUGGAGGCAUUUUUUUGUCGCUGUUCUCCAGAAAGCCAAAACUUGAGGUGGUUAACGUGACCUCAAACCAACACGAGAAUCAACCAGACGACGCUAAGGAGGAUGUACCGGCCGAGAGUAAACCUGCCGAGAUCGAAGCUCCAAAGACUGCUACGCCGGAAACUGCUUGUGUCGCGGCUGCUCCGGCUCAGAGUGCAGGCAUUUUCUCCGCGUUGUUUGCAAAGAAACCAACGGAUGUGUCAGUUCCUGCUUCGAUCCCAACUGAGACUUCUGUUGUAGAUAAGGAGCCGUCGAAGGAGGAGGCAACCGCAUCGAGUAGUGAAGAGUGCAACGAAGCAAAACCUAUUGUGGCUCCUGCUGCACCCGUUGGUAUCUUUGCCUCUAUCUUCGCUAAAAAGCCUGCUGAAGCGACUGCUGUGGCAGCUGAUAUCACUGUUGCAUCGAUAUCUUCGCUUGAGCCAAGUGAAGAGGAUGUUUCAGAUGAUCUCGACGCUGAAGAUGCGGAUGAAGAAGAGUCGGAGUCGAACGAGGCCCUUUCUUCCGAUAACGACCCUGCUGACCGAACCGAGGCGUCUGUGUCUUCGCUCGACCGCAGUGAAUCGGGUAUCUCGGAUAGUAUUGAGGCUGAAGAAGCGGACAGCGAGGAUACUGACUCGAACGGAGGCUUCUUUUCAGACGAGGAAUAUGCCCAUGAGCCCGAACCUUCUCCUAUGACGCUGCCCGCUGAAAAACCAGCUUCAUUUGUAUCAUGGUUUUCUCGUAAGCCUACAGCUGUCGUGGUCGAGCCAGCUCCUGAGAAGGAGGAAAACGCUACUGCAGUCACUGAUACCACUACAUCUUCGGAAAGUCCCCCAGAUAGUGAGACUGCUGAAGCUUCAGCACCUGUUGUUGACGACGAAAAAGACUCACAGGAUGACGCUCUUUUUCAACAAAGAAAACGCGAUCUAAGUGAGAGUCUCGACUUUGCUGAUCCGACAGCUUGGAAAAAGAAAUUCGACCUGGAAGAUGGUCUUACGGAAGAAGAACCGGAUCUGGAAAUGACUGACGUUGAUGCAGUGGAGGAAGAUGCGGACGAAGAGGAAAACGACGCAUCUGAAGAUGAGAAGCCCAUGAUUGUCUUCCGUGAGCGAUGGAGUGAGAAGGAAGCGCGCAUUCGUCACGAAUCUCCGUUCGGUGGCCACCCUGGAUGGCGCCUUCUCUCUGUCAUUGUAAAGAGCAACGACGACCUGCGUCAGGAGCAGUUCGCAGCCCAGUUAAUUGCCCAGUGUGACCGGAUCUUCCGGGAAUAUUCACUUCCUCUAUCUCUGCGACCGUACAACGUGAUCGCCACGUCAGCGAAGACUGGCCUUAUCGAGGCUGUACCUGACACUGUAUCGCUUGAUUCGCUCAAGCGCAACGACCCAGGAUACACCACUCUCCUGGACUUCUACACCCGACUGCACGGCGAACAGGGAACCACUGGCUUCACCCGAGCUCAACGGAACUUUGCGGAGAGUCUCGCAGCCUAUUCGAUCGUCUGCUACGUGUUCCAGAUCAAGGAUCGCCACAACGGCAACAUCUUGGUGGACACGGACGGCCAUGUAAUUCACAUCGACUUCGGCUUCUUGCUCACUAACAGCCCCGGCAGUAACUGGAACUUUGAGCGUGCACCGUUCAAACUCACAGACGAGUUCGUCGAGUUGAUGGGAGGUCCACGUAGCUCCACGUUCCGGUACUUCCGAUCGCUGUGUAUCCGCGCGUAUCUGGCCUUGCGUCGCAAUAUGGACCAGAUUGUGCUGCUUGUGGAGAUGAUGCUGGUGGGGAACGCCGACUUGCCAUGCUUUGCAGGUGGUAAGAAGGCGGUGAUCGAGGGUCUUCGUGCACGACUCAAACCUGGUGCACGUACCAGCACGUGCCAAGUAUUCGUCAACCAGCUGAUCGACCAAUCCAUCAACAAUUGGCGGACACGCUGGUAUGACAAGUACCAACGAGCUUGUCUCGGAAUCCUGUAAGGUGAACUGUAGCGUGGUUGACCUCCGUUUUUUGAUUUAGUAGCUAUUAGCGUAGGGUAGCGUAGUAAAGAGUUGAUUAUAAACGAGUAGCUUUCGGAGGCAUAAAAAAUAAUAUUCUGUUGUUUUUUUUCGGA